AUGGAUUUGGAGGUGGCCGGUUGCGACAAUUUGGAGAAUUUCGCGCGCGUGUUUGCCGAACAUCCCCGCGAGGCGGAGUGGUUGGAAAAUGGUGGGGAAUGGCACGUGAGUCGACUGAAGCAGCAACCACUGGCGCAAGAACGUGGACCCUGUGGUGUCUCGGUGACAGAGCCGAAGCGAUACCUACGGGAUCAACUUGCAAUGCGCCCCGUCCCGCGAGCGGAGGCUUUACCGCUGAGCGAAGAAAUGUUGACAGUGCGUGUGCUCGCAGUAACCAUCACACCCGCACACGUGCGCGCACUCCGUGACGACGGACCCGACGAAAACUGGGCCAGUCUGCGCUGCCCCUUCGUCGGAGUCGUAGCCGCUGGAGAGGCCGCCGGACGUGUUGUAAGUGGCUGCAGCAUUGGCGUGUGGCAGGCCUUCGCGGUCGUUGACGCCACGGAGUGUCAGGGACUGCCCCAAGACAACCUCUAUCCUCUAACCAAACACCUUCCCGGGCGACGCUGUGUACAUGUCAGCACUGCAGAAGAGAUGGCGGAACAACUAAGCACACUCGAAGAGGAACAGGAACAGUUGUCUCCAGAGCAGACGGGUGUCACGGUAUGCUGGCGGAGUCCGUUGAGUCGUCGGUUGUGUGUGGAGGACGUUUCGCGUGAUGCGUACUUGGUUACCGGUGGUUGGGGAGGACUGGGUCUGACCACGGCCAGAUUCUUGGUGCAGGAAGGCGCACGAACGCUGUACUUGGUGUCACGUCGUGGACGAGCGGUUGAGGAGUCUGCGGCGACAGUGUUCUUACGAGCGGCCGAACGAAGCGGUGUUCGCGUCGUGGGUGUCGCCGCAGAUCUGGCGGAGCGCGAGGGAGUGGUGCGUGUGCUGGAUCGUGUGGCGAUGGAUGGGACACAUAUCGACGCUACAUAUCUCCCGAAGGCUGCAAGUGCGUUGUGGUUCGAGAAAGAGUUGGAAGCUAGGAGUGGCUGGGACCAGAAGUUGGAGCACUUUGUUCUCUUUUCUUCAGUAACCAGUUUGGUUGGUAACUACAGUCAAGUGAACUAUGGUGCUGCGAACUCAGUUCUUGACUGUAUCGCCAGCAGCAGACAUGCACGUGGACUGGCAGGACUUAGUAUCCAGUGGGGUCCUUGGACGGAGCAGGGUAUGGCCGCGGAGCUGGUUGGGAUUAUGGAGAAGGUUGGCAUGAGGGGCCUUAGUAAUGACGCCGGGUUGCGUGUUCUGCAUGCUGCCAUGUUCGAAAGCACCCAUGCUGAGUUCGGCGGGGCAAUCGGCGCCCAAGCGUUUGUGUGGAAACGAUUCCUCCGUCGUUACACUAACAUGCCACGUUUCUACGGCGCGUUGCCCUCAACGUUGCUGAAUUCGGGCGAAGCGGGCGACGUGAUUGACUUGAGCAAGCUAACACACGAGGAGUUAGUCGGGCUGUUGGCGGACAUCGCGCAACAGGUCAGUGGCACCUCGGAACGUCCUGAUGCAGACACUGCCAUGAUUGACAUGGGCUUUGAUUCGUUGGGAGCCGUGGAGUUCCGGAACAAUGUUCUGGACACAACUGGAGUGCGGUUGCCCCAGACGUUGGCAUUCGAGAAUCCGAGUUUAGGCACAUUGGCGGACCAUAUUUUCGCCGCCGCUGGAGCCAGUGCUGCUGCUACCAGCGCGUCCAAGUCUGAGUUGCAUGGAAAGGCGACGCAUGAGUGGCUGUUGCAAGUUUUCGGGGUCGAGGCGGAGCGUGCAACACUGUACAUCGAACCAUUCGCGAACCACUUCCCCACGCUCGGCGACCUCAUUGGUGUGGAAGAUGUUGACACCGCUCUUCGGACAGUGAUUCAAGUGGCAGACGAACGCGAUCGUGGCACUCUAGCCAUCGCAUGGAACGAACUACAGGACAAGGCGUUGGGUCAAGCGGGUCAGACGGUAAGCGCAGGUGCGGUAAAGAGAACAGGAGCUAAGGUGCCGCAUCCGCUCGAAGACUUGGCUAUGCUGAAGGACGAACUGGUGAAUGAGGGAGGCUUCAUGCACUUUGAUGUGAAGAAACUGCAGCCGAUGACACCUGUGCGAGAUACCAAACGUGUCUUACUCACUGGCGUUACCGGCUUCGUGGGACGAUGCCAGAUCGCUGCAUUGCUGAAGCUCUCUCGCGAACGUGACAUGGGACUUACCGUGUUCUGCAUCGUGCGCGCACGAUCCGUCGAACAUGGAAUGGAACGUAUUCGUGAAGCUUGCGUGGAAGCUGUGGUGUGGGAGGACUGGUUUGCUGACCACAUUGAGGUUCUGCCUGGCGAUUUUACCAAGACCGAUUUGGGAGUGGGUGGUGAGAAGUUCGACUGGCUUUGCAGGAACAUCGAUUUAGUGUAUCAUACUGGUGGUGAUGUUAAUUUGUUAUGUAACUAUAGCAAGGUGCGUGAGACGAAUACGUUAUCUGUGCGAGGGAUCGUGAAGUUGUGCACCACGCAUAAAGUUAAAAGUCUUAACUUCACCUCCACGUUGGGUCAGUACCCGGAUCUAUUUGGGUUCUUUACGAACGAGUUUGCCGACCGGUUCUUGCAUGAGGACACAGGACCUCGUCUUGAUGAGAUGGAGAAGUACUUCCCGCCACAACGACAAGGGUACCCGUGGUCGAAGUGGGCUGCAGAGAUGGUGAUCCGAGAGGCGCGAUCAAUGGGACUCCCGGCACAUAUCUAUCGACUACCUAACAUGUAUUGUGGCUAUCGUACUGGCUACACCAACCGUACGGACUAUGCUACGGCGUUGAUGAUAAGUACCAUUCAGGAAGGUUGUUUCCCCAUAAGUUCGGCGUUUGCUGUGCUGACUCCAGUUGAUAUAAUUGCGGACAUGGUUGUAGAGGGUGGUUUGUUACUUGAGCCGGAAACACGACAGCAUUGGGUCUAUAACCUUAUCGAUACGGCCUUAGUGUAUAUGAAGGAUAUGGAGGAAUGGGCGGCCCGAGCGGGUGUGCAAUAUCGAGGUGUGGAUUUGGACACUUUUUUGCAGCGUGUUAAGAAGCGCGGACCAUCAAGCCCUGUUCAUCGAUUUGUACCACUCAUGCAAUACUGGCGUCAAUACUGGUUUAGCCAAACACCUCGUGAAACACCUUGGCCAAUUCGCACUCAGAAUGUCUUCGAUGACCUCCCACAUCAAAAAUGGCCGAAACAGGAAGAUGUCUUCCGAGCAUCCUUCUUGUACUGCGCAGCCCGAAAUUACUUCCCCGCUGACUCUCUAUCCGUCAGCAUUGACACCGACAAGAUCAUUGAGGCCGCGGAAAAACAAACCGGACUCGACGACCCUGGUGAUGACUUUGGCCUUAUGCUUGAACCCGUACUGAAACCAUUUAGUGAUGAAUUGACAGAGAGCAAAAUAUCUAUUGGCGGUGGCGCUAACAUGAGUUUCAUAGGGAAGCUUUCACUCUUCAGAACUAGCAAGCAAUACCUCAUCAAUAUGCUUGUCAUGACCGACAAGGAGAAGCUAUAUCCGGUGAUUCGGCAACAAGUUAUUCGACGACCUCUGGUGAUUACCGGACUCAACCGGUCCGGUACCACUUUCUUACAGAACCUCCUAUGCCAGGACAAGAAGAAUCGCGGCGUACUCUAUCUUGAACAAGUCGCACUGUACGGCGAAAACGGAGAAUUCGAUCAGCAUGGGCUGCCUGACGACUAUGACAUCCGGAGCGAUCCCCGUGGGCGGUAUGCUCAGGACCUGUUGGACGCGCAACUUGGCAUGACCGAUGAAUGGAUGCUCAUACACGCACAAGACGCAUACAAGCCUGAAGAGGAAUUCCUCAUCAUGGAACACUCCGGACGGUCUUACAGUAUCUGCGUAGAGUUCGCCGUCAAGUCCUACCGCAACUGGCUACUUGGACUCGACCAACCUGAGACCGACCGGUUCAAGGAGCUCAAGGUGGGCUACGACUUCCAUCAUCGCUUCCUGCAACACCUGCAAUGGCAACGCCGCGGUGGCGAUCGAUUCCUACUAAAGAUGCCUUUCCACUUGUUUGCACUGGACGCACUGUUUGAUAAGUACCCCGACGCCCAAGUCGUCAUGACCCACCGCGACCCAGUAGAGGUAAUGGGCAGCUGGUGCUCUCUGGUUACACACGCUCGCGAACGAACUAGCAACAACGUCGACCCCAAGGAAAUUGGUGCUGUCGAACUCCGUGACAUGAGCACCAUGAUUGACUGCGGUAUCCAGUACCGGAAAGCCCACCCUGAACGAGCCAAUCAGUUCACAGACGUCCAGUUCCAUGAACUCAUCUCCAAUCCCAUUGAGACCGUGAAAAAGAUUUACGAGAAGUUCCAACUCCCUCUGGAACAGACCACCGUCGAUGCUAUGACCGAGUUCAUCAACACCGACCGCGCACAGAAGAAGCAGAGACACCACUACACCCUAGAUAAUGCCGGACUUAAUGAAGAGAAAGUCAGAGGGGCGUUUAAAAACUACUACGACUCAGGAUUCCUGACUCUUCGUCCGUGA